CACAAGGAAACACCUUAUCCAGUACCACAUCCAGUUCCAUAUCCAGUUGAGAAGACUGUACCAUACACAGUCAAAUAUCCAGUUCAUGUACCAGUCGAUAAGCCAUACCCAGUUCAUGUGCCAAAACCAUACCCAGUUCCAGUCGAUAAACCUAUUCCAUACACUGUUGAAAAGACCGUCCCAUACCCAGUCAGUGUACCUGUAAAGGUACCAGUCCCACAUCCAUACCCAGUACCAAUGGUGAUGUGCUUAACAUGUCCUUGA